AUACGGGUAACAUUAGAUACGGUAUAUACUAGAGAUUCUAUAAAUGCAUUAAUAAAUAAAAAGACAUGCAUUUUUCGGUACAAUUACUACUCGUUCUUUUGUCUGGAUGCAGCUCUUGUGUUUUCGGAAUAGCGUUUCCUUCUCUCUUGGCCCCAUCAUCGGAGACGAAUUACUGCUGCCUGCCACCUAACUGGGAAGCUCUUAUGUACUUUGACUUUGGAACGGUAUAUAUUGAUCAGAGCACUUCCUUAGUGUACGUUAACGGGACAUUGAAAGCAGCGUAUAGCGUCUCGAAGAAGAAAGCCGUCUUCAAGUUGACAGGGAUAGAGCAGAAUCCGUCUUUACCCUACCCAUUGCCAUAUGAUGCCGUAAUGCUGUACGAUUUUGAAAAUGAAACCGCUUAUUUCGUUAGCGGCGGCGAGUGUCAGAAAAAUGCGAUGGAAAGCAACAUCACCCUGCAGUGUAUACCACGGUUGGCGAAGCAGUUGUUGUCUGGUGUGUUCGGAACGGGGCCGGUGAUUCGUCACAUACAUACGUUCCAGUUCACACAGGAGUACGACACUCCUUGGCAGAUCACAGCCACCGUCUACACAAACGACAUCAUCCCAAUAGAGCCGCGUGAGUGUGGUCUGAUCACCGUGUCCUCCUUUGCCUCUGCGUUCAACUUCAACAGCGGUAUCUUGUACACGCUCAACGUCAUGGACAUGGGCGAAAUAAAAACGCCGGGUAUAUUUGAUGUACCAAAAGAUUGUCAUUGACUAUAGCCUUUUGCGUUGUUUCGUACGGACAUGUAGAUAUACACGUAUUUUCAAGCACAAUUGCUGUAGUUCGAACACCAUUACAGGUACUCAAUA